GUCAAUAUUUUUUUGAGAAUUCUUUAAAUCAUAUGCACAGCCCUUUUAAUCCAACAAUAUAUCGAUAUGUUAUUUAAUAGUCAUUUUUUUAAGAAAAAAUAAAUGAACUUGUGCGUUUCAAAGGUUAAGGUGUGUGUGUGUCUACACACACACACAUUUGGAGGAACAAAGUAGUGUCCAAAGUUUGCUUGAAAGAGGAGCCUUCUAGGUGCAUACUCCUCAAUUUUCCGUGUAAAGAUUUCUCAAUGGCAUUGUCCUCAGUUUUGCGCGGCAUAUUUGGGGGAUGUUUGAGACCGACAUUCAUCAAACCACAUAUGUCUCAAUUUGGUUCAGUUCGAUUUCGUUACACUGUGUCUACCCCAAAGCUCAUGGUGUGUGGUGUGCCAAGGGACAGUACAGAUGAAGACAUCAGGAAAGCAUUCGAGCCAUUAGGGAAUGUUGUUGAGGCUAAAAUUGCUGCAGAUAGUGUCACUGGAAAGUGCAGGGGGUUCGGGUAUAUCACUUUUGAAACGGUCGAAGAAGCCAGAAAAGCUCAAAUAGCUCGUGCAGGAACGGCUGCUAAGUUCUUGGGUGUUUGGAUCCCUUUUUACUCUACUAUCAAGCCCAUGACCAGGUGGAGGCAGUCAAGUGCAGGCACUGUCCGGGUGGAUUGAAUUUCUCAUUUUCGGCGUAUUACUCAUAUUAUUAUUAUUGCUGUUGUUGUUUGUGACACUUAAUUUGUGCUGCUUUCUUUCCAGAAACAUGUUUUAUCAGCUUAUGUGAUGCAUUUACUUUAAAAAUAGUUUCAGAAAGAGUAAUCAUCGAUUAAGGGGCUGUUUGGCAACUUCUGAAUGAGUAAGUGCUGAACCAGUAAGAGGUCUGAAUCAUUAAGUGCUGAACCAGUAAGAGGUCUGAACCAUUAAGAGCUAGUAUAUUGCUUAACUAUUCAGAGGCAAAUGUCUGAUCAAUUCAGAUAACAGCUCUUAACCAUUCAGACUCUGUAUAAUACUUAACCAUUCAGAGGCAAAUCUCUUAACCAUUCAGACAUCUGAACCAUUAAGAGUCUNCUGUUUGGCAACUUCUGAAUGAGUAAGUGCUGAACCAGUAAGAGGUCUGAAUCAUUAAGUGCUGAACCAGUAAGAGGUCUGAACCAUUAAGAGCUAGUAUAUUGCUUAACUAUUCAGAGGCAAAUGUCUGAUCAAUUCAGAUAACAGCUCUUAACCAUUCAGACUCUGUAUAAUACUUAACCAUUCAGAGGCAAAUCUCUUAACCAUUCAGACAUCUGAACCAUUAAGAGUCUGAAACAAACAGUCUGAACCAUU